AAAAAGAAAAAGAAACUAUCCAAUCCCCAAUUCCCUAUGAAUGAUAAAAAACAGCUUCAAAUUCUUCUUUCAUCUGACGAAGAAGAAGCAGAAAGCCUCGAAAAUUUUCCCAGGCCCCAUUUCUUACAGAACAUUUUCGGAUUCCAACUUUGGUUGUCCACUCAAAUUCUUCUCUCAUUUGAAGAAAGCUUCAAAUUACCCAAACCCUUAUUCCUUCAACAAGCUUCUCCACAGGCUGACAGCUUCCGACUGUGGCGCACUCUCUCUAAAGUUACUGUCCUUCUUCCUCUCCAAAGGGUAUACCCCUUACCCUUCUUCUUUCAAUUCAUGCAGAUCCUUUUUAUGUAAGUUAGAACAUUCCGACUAUGCUCAAAAGCUUGUAAAUUUGAUGCCUUUGCAUGGGUGUGAGCCGGAUAUUGCAACUUAUAAUUCUUUGAUUGAUGGGUAUUUUAAAUGUGGUGAUGUUGUUAAGGCUUGUUUGGUUGUGAAUGAAAUUAGGAUUGGUAAUUGCAUGCCUGAUGUGGUUACGUUCAAUGUGUUUUUUAAUGGGUUCUGUAAGAUGAAUAUGAAGAAGGAGGCAUUUGUUUAUAUGGGUUUGAUGUGGAAAUGCUGUUUGCCGAACGUGGUUACUUAUAGUACGUGGAUGGAUAUGUUUUGUAAAAUGGGGGAUUUGGAUAUGGGGUUUAAGGUAUUUAGGGAUAUGAAGAAGGAUAAGGUGGUGUUGAAUUCCAUCGUGUUUACCUGUUUGAUCGAUGGCUGUUGUAAGGUUGGUGAUUUCGAAGCCGCAUUCCAAUUGUGUAAGGAAAUGAAACGGGUUGAGGUUGCGCUGAACGUGGUUACUUAUACCGCUCUCAUUGAUGGUCUUUGCAAGAAGGGAAUGCUGGAAAGGGCUGACUGCUUAUUUUUCAAAAUGUUGAAAGAUAAAGUUAAGCCUAAUUCCAUUGUCUAUACUUCGAUCAUUGACGGGCAUUUCAAAAAGAGUAAUGUGAUUGAUGCCUUCAAAUAUUUAGGUAAGAUGUAUGUUCAUGGAGUCGAGUUUGAUAUGGCAGCAUACGGGGUAAUAAUAACCGGCCUUUGUAAUACUGGUAGGUUUGAUAAAGCAUCAAUAUUUAUGGAAAAUAUGAUCACGAGCGGAUUGCAGCCUGAUAAGGUGUUGUUAACCACAAUAAUGGAUGCCCAUUUCAAGGCUGGGGAUGUAAAAGCAGCACUGAAUGUCUAUGGUGAACUAUUGGCCUGUGGUUUUGACCCUGAUGUUAUAGUUCUUACAAGCUUAAUGGAUGGCCUCUGCAAGCAUGAUCGUCUUAAUGAAGCUGAAAGUUAUUUUUGCAGAGAAAAGGCUAAUGAAAUAUCUUAUACCGUGCUUAUUGACGGGUUGGCCAAGAAAGGGGAUUUUACUGAACUGAAUAGGCUUUUUAGGGAGAUGUUGGAGGCAGGAUUCACUCCGGACAAAUAUGUAUAUACUUCUUGGAUUGCGGGGCUUUGUGAGCAAGGAAAUUUGAUAGAGGCCUUUAUAGAAAAAAGUAGAAUGGUUCAAGAGGGUUUUCAGCCGGAUCUUUUGACUUAUAGCUCCCUUAUUUUCGGUUUAGCGAAAAAGGGUUUAAUGAUUGAAGCAAAGCAAAUAUUUGAGGACAUGCUUAAAAGGCAAGUUACGCCUGAUGCUGCAGUUUAUGAAAUUAUGAUCAGAGGAUAUCUACAGCAGAAUAAUGAAGCUGCUGUUGCUGCUUUGCUUGAGGAAAUGGAAAAGAGGGGUUUCUCAACAGCAUCAUGCAAAGUAGGUGGAGAAAAUGAAUUUUGACAACACGUAAUGCCUUGGAUUUAUUAGUUCGGUCAAACUUGUCUAAUUAUUCCCGGAAUUGAAAAAGAGCCCCUUUCAGUUUGGGUUGCUUACUAGAUCAUGGAACAUGAGAUAUCUUCAUAGUAGGCAUCCAUACACCAUUUCAGGGUUCUGCCAAGUGGAAACUUUAAGCGAAUAGAAUUCAUUUGUGAUUGCAACAGAAGGGGAAGAUCAUUGAUUGCCUUGCUGUUUUAUGCGACAUUGAUGAACAAAAAGUAGUGGAUCUUAACUUUGCAGAAUACACGCCUCCAUCCUGUCUUGAUGUUUCACUACUGAACCCAACUGUAGAAGGAACCUAGAUGCAUGCCUUUGGGAAUCAUCACAUGCGUUGGGUAAAAAUAUUGGUAACAA